CCACGCUCCGGGCUACCCCGCGACCAACCCCUUAUAAUACACACGAAAUAAUAAUUCGCAGCUGAGGUACGAAUGUACCAAAUAAGUUUAACGUUCAUACCUUCUAAAACAGUUGGAAAGCGCGGACGUAUAAACCUUACAACUUGGCUCGUGUUAAAAUUUUCUUGAACGUAAUGUGUGACGUGUUUAGUUCAUAAGCAUUUUGGUGUGAAACUUUAAUAAUGUGAGAACUAUGCGUGAUUAUUUAUCCAGUGUUAACGCAUCAAGCCCAGCGACAUAUUUGAAAUAAACAUCAAAUUUUGAGAGCCGAUAGCAAUUUGUCAGCAUGCCAAAAAGAGUAAGUGGCCGUUGCACGGAACCGCUGCCGGAUUGGACGCCACGGCCCAAAAGAUCAUCCUCCGUAUGCUCAACGACCCAACCAGACGAGAGCCGCCCACCGCACCCGCAUGUGCAUGAGCACGGGCACGGGCCCAUACACGUGCAGCCGCAUAACCAACGCCCUGAGAACUGGCCCUACCGCCCUCGCCCGUACAUCAGCCAGCCUGUGGACAGCGGUUGGUACGGCAUGUAUGAUAAAGUGCAAGACAUCCGCUCGCUACAAUGUGAGAUGCCCACCCAUAGGUAUCAUGGCGCGGGGCACAUGCAUGAGCACCAUGGAUACGAAAUGAGCUACGGUCCGGAGCCGCGCUAUUGCAUGCCGCGCAUUGCGGUUCCCAACCACAUGACUGCGCCGGUGCAUAUUGAUGUGGGCGGGGUGAUUUAUACAUCAUCCAUGGAGACACUGACUGUCAGGUUUCCGGACUCCCGUCUCGGAAGGAUGUUCUCUGGAGCGAUACCGCUGGUGCUCGAUAGUCUGAAGCAGCACUACUUCAUCGACCGCGAUGGCGGAAUGUUCCGCCACAUCUUGAACUACCUGCGGAACUGUCGCCUGAUCCUGCCCAACAACUUCGCUGAUUAUGAUCUCCUGGUCACAGAGGCUGAAUACUUCCAGCUUCACCAAAUGGUGGAAGACUUGGGUCGUUGGAAGGCAGAGCGUGAUACGAAGGUGAAGGUUGAGUGGGAUGUCCGCCCCACAGAGCCUGAACCACAAGCGCAGUAAGCGGUACCACGAUUACAGGCAGCUUCUUUGAAAACUACUUUCUGCUUUUGUUCGAGUUUUAUAAAGUUUUCUUAAAAUGCUUUGUUGUAUUGAACGUUUCUUUGCAUUUGUACACGUUCAUGUUUAAAUUUCGUUCUUAUAAUUUAUUGUAAAAUGGAGAGGAGUGAUUUACCAUCGUGUUAGUUGGAUAAGGAUGGAACUUGGUGCUGAUAUAGAUCUUCCAAAGUCUGAACGUAUUUUGUGAUGAUGGAUAGGUGGCGCGGAUAGUAAGAUAAUAUAGUAAUUAUAUGUCUACAAAUAAAUAUUGAAUGUUUCAUCUACGUGUCAAAAAAAUUUUGAGCUAUUUCUCUUAAAGGGGCAAUAAAAGUUUGGCUUAAAUAAUGUAUGUAAUAGCGACUUAAUAGCAUCGGGUGUCAGAACCAAUUUCGAUGGUGAAGGAGUAUAAAAAAUACUUUGUUAGUGAGAUACAUAAUAUGAAAGGGUUAAUGGUUAUGAUUAUAUUGAAAAGUAUUCUAUUACUUUAUAGUUAUGUUAUGUUACGUAAUUAAAAAUGAGGUAAACAUGUUUAUUUAGAUAAUUGUUUCAACUUUAAUUCUAAUUUUAAUAUAGAUUUACAAUCGUAUGU